UGUGUGGCGUACACACCGCUGAGCUCACCUGUGCGUGUAGAGCCUCCCUCCGCAGGAGGAACUAACUAAGCUCACUGGGUGCUUUCUUUAAAACUCUGCUGUUCACCUGUGAGGUAGACUUCAGCAGCGUUAGUGAGCGUGAAGCCGCCGAGGCGGUGAAGAAAACCGCUCCUCUCUGUGUCUGUGACCGGCGAACGGACCGCCCGCGCGCCGCCCGGCCCGGGAGCUCGAGCCGCUGCCGCAGCCGCCGCAGGACACACAUGAGAACAGCCUGUUCAACAGAUGAUCAACACAGCUCCCCUCUUACCCCUCAUUGUGUCCCUCGCCCUGCUGCACCUCCUCGCUCCCCAAGCGCCUCGCCACUUGCAGCCCCGAACGGCCUUUUCGUUUCCGGGAUGGUGACCCUACAGCCCCCUCAUUCCUGGUUACUGGAGAGCCGGGAGCCCCGAAGGCGCAGCUGGGAUCCCCAGGCCAUGCUGUGCGCUAACCCACAGCGCAAACACCGCAGUGUGAGUUUGGAGCAGAUAGACCCUGAGUCCAUUGAGAGAAUGCUCAGUGGAGCCCCAGGCGGCCGACGAGGGAGGGAUCCCCGCCGAGCCCCCAUAACCCACUAUACCCAGGAGCUGGGGUCCCUGAUGUCACUCACGGAAGAGGAGGUGGACUUUGACUCAGAACACUUCGCUCUGCUGGAGGAGCAGUCGGCACAGCUGCAGGGUUGCAGCGCCUCAGCCCCGGCUCUCUGUGCCUCCAUCAAGUCCCAUUCGCUCAUGGCCAUCCCUCGCCACUAUUCUGAGUGUUACGGUGAGCACGUCCCCAGAACCUCCCUAUAUUCUCUGGUUGGAGGGUCCACACAGAGUGUGGAUGCCGACAGCGAGGAGGGCUCCGUGUAUAGGGAGAGUGGGGAGAGAACGGAGGCACCGGUGGGAGACGGCAGGGAGCAGGAGGUGAAGACAGGCAACCCGCUCGGUCGCACGCUCAGCUUCCUGCGCAAAAUGGCAGGGAACCGAAAGAAUAAAGAGAAGGAGAAAAUGAAGGAACGAGAGAAGGAGGCGAGGGAGCGGGAGGCGAGGUACAGCAAUGGGCACCUCUUCACCUCCCUCACCGUGUCUGGGACGACGCUCUGCUCCGCCUGCAACAAGAGCAUCACUGCCAAAGAGGCUCUCAGCUGCCCAACCUGCAAUGUUACCAUCCACAACCGAUGCCGAGACACUCUGCCAAAUUGCGCCAAAAUGAAACAGAGGCAACAGAAGCUGGUACUGAGGAACAGCUCAGGACUACCAAAUGUGGCCCUUCGAGCAAAGACCCCCAUGAUGAAGGAAAGGCCCAGCUCGGCAAUCUACCCGUCCGACAGCCUGCGCCAGUCCCUGCUAGGCUCCCGCCGCGGCCGCUCCGGCCUCUCCCUCUCCAAGAGUGUGUCCACCAACAAUAUUGCUGGGAACCUGAACGAUGACUCUCCCCUGGGACUGCGCAGGAUUCUUUCCCAGUCCACAGACUCACUGAACUUCCGCAACAGAGCGAUGUCCAUGGAGUCCCUCAACGAUGAGGGAGAGGUAUACUAUGCCUCCAUGCUGGAGGAGAUUGAACAGGAAGGACGGGACUUUGAGGCAGACUCCUGGAGUCUAGCAGUGGACUCCUCAUACUUGCAGACUCACCGCAAAGAUGUCAUCAAACGGCAGGAUGUCAUCUAUGAGCUGAUUCAAACAGAGUUGCACCACGUCCGGACGCUCCGGAUCAUGGAGGGGGUGUAUCGACGGGGCAUGUUGGAGGAAGUGAGGCUGGAGCCUGGAUUGGUUCAUGGUGUCUUUCCCUGCCUGGACCGGCUGCUGUCCUUGCAUUCUCACUUCUUGGCCCAGCUGCUGCUAAGAAAAAACCACAGCCUGGCACCUGGCAGCAGCACCAACUUCACCAUCCACCAGCUGGGCGAUGUGCUCCAGGAGCAGUUCUCAGGCCAGAACGCAGAUGAAAUGAGGAAGGCCUACGCGGAGUUCUGUAGCCGACACCUGAAGGCAGUCAAACUGUACAAAGAGCUGCUGACCAGAGAGAAGAGGUUCCAGAACUUCAUACGGCGAGUCAGCCGUGGCCCUUUGCUCCGUCGCCAUGGUGUUCAGGAGUGCAUCCUGUUGGUCACUCAGCGCAUCACCAAGUACCCAGUCCUCGUACAGCGCAUCCUGGACAACACCAAGGGUAAUGAGGAAGAGGCCUCCUCUGUAAGCCAGGCACUGGUCCUCAUCCGAGACCUGCUGAGCUCGGUGGACCAACAGGUUCUGGAGCUUGAACGCACACAGCGGCUGCAAGAGAUCCGGUCUCGGUUGGACCCCAGGGCGGAGGCGGAGGUGCGCGGGGGAGGAGUGUUUCGCGGGAGCGAGCUGUUGAGGCGAAGCCUCAUCCAUGAGGGCACGUUGCUGUGGAAGACUGCUGGCUCCAGACUCAAAGAUGUGCAGGUUCUGCUGAUGACAGACAUCCUGGUGUUCAUGCAGGAGAAAGAUCAGAAGUUUUUCUUCCCCUGUUUGGACAAGCCCUCUGUACUUUCUCUGAAAAACCUGAUUGUGAGGGACAUCGCCAACCAGGAACGCGGCAUGUUCCUCAUCAGUGAUACCACGCCGCCGGACAUGUACGAGAUCCACGCUGCCUCCAAGGAAGACAGGAACACCUGGAUGAAGCUCAUUCAGCAAACUGUCAGCAGCUGUCCAUCCAGAGAGGAUUUCCCCUUGAUCGAGACUGAGGAUAAGGCUUUGGUGCGUAGGCUUAGAGCUGACAUUCAGCAGAAGGACCGUGAAGUGUUGGAGCUCCUGCAGGAGAGGGUGACUCUCUUCUCAGACCUGGCUGAAGUAACUGCUGCGCAGGAAGUCACCCUGCCUGCCAACUGCCGUAACAUCUUCCGUGCAGACACCCCGCAGGCCCCCUUGGGAGAGAAGCUCCUCACCGAUGCUAUCGCUGAGGUGGAUAGACUGACUGAGCUGCUGUUGGGGUCCAGCAUUGAGGUCCCUCUCUCCAGCAAUUCCAAUGGAGACCGCAACCACACAGGGGCACCUGUGAGCAAUGGAGAGGAGAUAUCAGUCAACGGAACCCAUGAUAUCAACAGCCCAGAUACUAAGGAUGGGAAUGGAAAUCAGUUACAGGACAGACCACUGAAUGAGGUGGUUUGUCAGAGGUUGGUGAACCUCAGUACCCAGCUCCAUGCGCUACAGGCAGCAGUUAUAAGACAGGACUCUAUUAUAGAGCUCUACCUCCGUGAGGGCUCAGUGUGCACAUCAACUCCCACAACCUCCACGCAACUGGCUUCCACCCCUGCCAAGCUGUGCCGCUCCCUGUCACGGGAUGCGGGCCUAGAUGCCAGUCCAGCAGCAGCCCUAGGCGAGCUGGCACUGCUGCAGCGGCAGCACAGCCUUCUGCAGGAAGAGCUGGUGAGGCUGAGGGCAGCGGAGGGCAAGCUGAAGGACAGUGAGAAAGCCCGUGCUCAUUUGGAGAAGCAGGUGAAGGACAUGAAGGCAAGUAGUGCUGCUGCCCCAGUGGACAACACAGGGACUGCGAAUCCAGAUCAGGUCGCAGCAAGUGAAGGCGAUGAUAGCCCUGUGGCACCGCUGGCCAGCCAGGAGUCUGUGGAUCAGCUGGAUGGCCUUCAAGAGGGCAGCGAUAUAGACGACAAUUCGGACGAGGAGGAGGACAUCAGAAUCUCCCCUCGCUCCGAUAGUCCUAGAGAUCUGCAGGACAUUCCAGAGGAGAGCGAGUGUGCGACUGACAUGCGUGAGUCUGAGGUGGACCCUGAGACGACACAGAGCUAGCAGCAGCCUCCCCAGGACCUGUGACGUGUUCUCAUCCAGUACCGAAUCAAACUGAACCAAGCUGCAUACAUGAUUUUGUCAUUCCCAUUGUACAUAGAUGCCGACCCAGGAACCAAAUAUCAUUUUAUGUUCUGGUAUAUAUUUGUUCUGAGAUAUUGUGUUACAGGUCAUGAUUCAUGGCAUAUUAU